CCGCCUCGUCAGCCUCAGGUCCCGCAGAAUGUCCUCGCUGUCCCGCGGCUUCGAGUCCCCAGCUCCCGAGGACUUGGGGCCGCGGAGUUUGACGGAGCUGCGGGAGAUGUUGAGGCGCCAGGAGAGACUUUUGCGCAACGAAAAAUUCAUUUGCAGAUUGCCCGACAAAGGUAAAAAGGUCCUUGGCACUGUUGCCAAACUGAAAGCUGCCAUUGCGGAACGUGAAGAGGUUAGAGGAAAAAGUGAACUGUUUCAUCCUAUUAGUUUAGACUAUAAGCUAAGGCAAAAAGCGAUCGCAGGAGUUGAUGUGGAUGUAGAUAAGCCCCAGAAUUCGGACCAAAUACUUGAUACUUCAUCACCAGUUCCUGGCUGUUCUCCCGUGGAUAGCAUCAAGUCAUCUGAAACCAGCUCAGAAAAGCAGGGACUUGUGCAUCCUGCUCACAAAGGUAGUGAAGACACUCCAGAGGCUGAGCACACAGUGAGCAAGGGCCCUGUUUCCAGCGGCAGAGCCAAGGGACCUUCCUCAUCUGGGUCUAUCCAGCAUCUCUCCCAGCACUCUGCUGCAGAUCGCGACAUUUCCUUCAGCCUCGACAACCUGCUUAUUGACAGUUUACAAAGAAUUACACUUGCAGAGCAAGGUGAACUCCAUUCAGAAGAAAACCUGAGUGCCGAGAACUCAACAGACCUUUGCAGUGGGACUCCUAAGAAGCCUCAUUACAUGGAAGUGCUAGAAAUGCAAGCCCAAAACCCAGUGCCCCUGACACAUAAAUUUAAAACCAACAUGUUGCCAUCACAGAAGAAUGACCCAAUUGGUCAUUGUCAGAGGGGAGAACCCCCCCACCCCAUUUCUUCAGAGGACCGCAGGGAUAAGCAGCAUCUUGAUGACAUCACUGCAGCGAGACUCCUACCACUUCACCAUUUGCCUACACAGCUGCUGUCUAUAGAGGAGUCUUUGGCUCUUCAGAAACAGCAGAAACAGAGUUAUGAGGAGAUGCAAGCGAAGCUCGCAGCACAAAAAUUAGCUGAAAGACUGAAUAUUAAAAUGCAGAACUAUAAUCCAGAAGGAGAGUCUUUGGGGAAAUACCAAGAAGUAAAGGAUGUAGAUGCUGAGCAGUCCUCUGAUGAUGGAUUCUGAAGAUGGGCACUGGAAUAAUCUAAGCCUCCAACUGUCGAGAUGCUAUUAUCUUACAUCAAACUUCCCAACAAGUAUCAAGAUCAGUGUUAGACAUUGAGGGGAAAAUCUCAUGA